AUGCCUCAAAGUGGUAGUAUAGGCGUUUCCGUAGAAGCGGUUGAUCUCAGAUAUGUUGAAGCAAACUGGACGACCCGACUCGAAAUGGUGGUUGGCUGGUAUCACUCUCACCCUGUUUUUGAUAUCAAUCCUCAAAUGCUUAUAGUAGGUCAAGAGCCACGUCAAACCACAUCCAAUAUCAGACAUCUUAAUAAACCAAGUAUUCAAAACAGAAAUGUUGCUCAAUUUGCACAAAAAUCGGACCCAUGGAUGACGUUGCCAAACUUUACGGAACACACCGAGAUCAAUGGAAAGAGUGUCAAUUCGAUGCUUACAUUGGCGGAAUCUUAUAAUAAAUCGGUACAAGAGGAAUCAACCAUGACACAUGAACAAUUGAAAACUCGAUAUGUUGGAAAACAGGUUCAAAAGCGUCAUUUAGCUGAAAAUGUGGAAGACGUUAUGUCCAAUAAUAUUGGCAGUAGGAAUUAUGAUUGA